GGACUUCCAUAGUGAAGUUACUCCAUUCCAACUCCGCCUUCCUAAUCUGUGAGGGAAGGGGAGGAAGGGAACUGUUGCAGACCCGUUUCUAUGGCCACGCAGCAGCCGCCGGAGCGGUUUGUACAGCUGGGAGCCUCUCGCAUCGGCUGCCGCACGGAUUAACUUUAAUUUGAAGAAUGAAGUCCAACCUGAUGCAUUUGGUCCCCCCAGUGAGUAGGGACAGAGUUAUCUCCCAGUUUCCCAAGUGGUACACACCUGAGGCCUGCCUGCAGUUCAGAGAGCACUUCCAUGCACAGGUCAGGACCGCCUGCCAGCAGAGUGCUGGAACAGCUGGACUAAAGCUAUCCAAGGUGGUUGUGGUAGGAGACCUGUAUGUUGGGAAGACCAGUCUCAUCAACAGAUUUUGUAAAGAUACUUUUGACCGAGACUACAAAGCAACCAUUGGAGUAGAUUUUGAGAUUGAGCGCUUUGAAAUAGUUGGUGUACCCUACAAUCUCCAGAUAUGGGACACAGCAGGUCAGGAAAAGUUCAAGUGCAUUGCAUCUGCUUACUACCGAGGAGCAGAAGUUAUAAUAACGGUGUUUGAUCUGGCUGAUAUCCAGACUUUGGACCACACAAAACAGUGGCUGGAAGAUGCAUUGAGGGAGAAUGAGCCAGAUUCCAGCUUCAUCUUUCUGGUUGGAACAAAAAAAGACUUGGUGUCAGAUGCUGUGUGUGAAAGGACAGAGCUUGAUGCCAUCCGCUUUGCCAAUGAGAUGCAGGCAGAGUACUGGUCCGUUUCAGCCAAAACAGGGGAAAAUGUUAAAGAAUUCUUUUCCCGAGUUGCUGCUUUGGCCUUUGAACAGUCCAUGAUAAAGGAGCUUGAGAAGACCAGUAGGCAAACGGCCCAAAUUGGGGCAGGAAACCUCAUCAAACUGGAAAGGAGCUUGAUGGAAAUCCCAGAAGGCAAUCCUCAAGCCAGCCUGGGUUGCUGCUAACUGACUUUUGAAAGUGCCACUUCUGUGUACCCCAGCACACCUGUAACAAGGAAAGCUCUCAAACCAAAAUAGAAAAAACCCUCCUUCAAGCCCUUUAAGAGGCUCUCACUGCUGUAGACUCACUUAUGCUAGAUGGUGCAGUUGUUACAUUAACCAUUUUUUUUGUAUAGUCAAAACGUGACAUCCUUGUCUUAAUGCAAGAUGUUGCUGGUGCCUUGUGCUCACCUGUCUGCUAGAGACCCUUGCAGUAUGAAUUCUGUGAUUUUAGUGUGGUGUUUCUGCAUAUUUCUGUAGAACAGUUAUGGGAACAGGAAAUGCAGGCAGCGUAGUUUUCAUAUCGAUUCCUCUAUCCAGGAAAAAUCUUUUGCUUUUUCCAUUUAAAUCGGAGUCCAGUAUUGAAAUAUUUCCAGGUUUUGCAAAGUCCAGAUAUGAACUUUGUCUAACAUUUUAAAUUUAGAGUUGUGAGGUUUUAGUUUGUGGAUGUGGAAGUAUGUGAAAUGCUGCUGGAUAUGCAUGCUAUUGUUUUCAGGUCUUCUGAAUAAGAAAUGAUGAUCACAUAAGCACUUGACAGAAGAACUAAACUUCAUGUAUUCAAUCUUCCAAAGAGGAUGCAGAAUCCUACUUUAUUCUUCGAUGUUCUUGAAACUUAUGUACACCACAAUUCCAGCUUGUUGCUGAAAAUAAUUAUUGACAUUCUAUUGUAACUACAUCCUUUUUAUUAGCAGUAUAAUGUAACAUGAUUCUGGAACCAUGCAACAGUCUCUGUCAAAUGCUAUGGUAGGAACUCUGAGCUGGUAAAGUUAGAUUCAAUAUUGUUGUUAAAGUAGUAGUAACUUUAUCUGCUUUUCCUGGGACAGGGUCAUUUGAUAACUUGAUGCUGGGAGCAAUUUGCUCCACAUCUGAAUGGAAACAAGACGAGUAGAGAAAUAAUUUUGCUAUUUUGUGGAAAGUUUUAAUGGUGUGCGUGGGUUUAGAGGGAUAGGAAGAGAUGGAGUUCUCCAAGGCAGGUACAUAGGCUUGUUACAUCCUAAUUGAUUUGCCAAAUGAAGAUGUUGACGCUGAACCAUGUGAAGAUGUUGACACUGAAUUCUUGGUGAUAUUUCUCUAAAAGUAAAUGGGACUGUAAAUCUUGGGCUUGCACUAAGCUGUACAAAUUUAUGGCCAUUCAAACUCAGUUACAAAAGAAUCAAAGUGGGAGGACAUAAAGACUGCCUCUUUAGAAGUCUUCACAUCAGCGGUUUGUAACUCUAUAGUCCUAAAACUCAAAACUGGCAUUAUUUGUUAAUGCUGGGAUAAGCAAGAGUGGAGCAUCAUUUAUAAUACUCUAAACUGCAUGCUGCAACUGUUUUAACUGGAGAGAAAAAAGAAAAUUUCUCUGCAGUUAUAAGCUACCAGUUUCUUCUGUUGCUCAUUCAAGCAGUGCAGAGACCUCAGUAUCUGGAGAACUGAUUAUAACAAGACCUGUCAGCUUUGAGCUGCUGAGAAAGUAAAAAAGGUCAUAGGAAGAUUAUAUUUAAUAAAUCAACAUAUCAAUCUGAAAAUAUUUUAGAUUCUCAGCCAUUUUCCUGCCCAACUUGUUUAAAUAUGAAUAGGAGGGGGGGAAAAAGUGGAGAAAUGAUGUUUUAAACACCCUGUUUUUAUUCCUUUUAUUUUUUUGACUCGUGAUGUAAAUUUGAACGGCUUCAUAGACAACAAUGAAUACAGAUCUUAUGGGAACUCUGUGUCUUUCUUUACUGGACAAUAUUCUGUUCAGCAAUUGUGCUGCUUCUCUUGGCAAAGACACAAAUGCAGCACGUGGCGGAGACGACGAGUAUGUGUGGGUAUGUAAGGUGUUAUGUGUAAUAUUUUGACCUUAUAGUGUUCUAUGUGUU